AGUAUAAUAUAAUUAUACCACAAAUUAUUAUUAUAUCUAAAAAUGCCAAUUGAUUUAUACUAUUUCCGUGUCAGUGCCCCAUCCCGGGCCAUACUAAUGACUGUCCGACACUUGCAAAUCAAUGUAAACCUCAAACACAUAGACCUGACUGAAGGUCAGCAACAUUCAGAGGAAUUCCUAAAAAUCAAUCCAACUCACCAAGUACCUGUAUUAAUAGAUAACGGAUUCACCCUCUGGGAAAGUCGUGCAAUCAUGCAAUACCUGUGCAAUGAAUACGCGCCCAACAGUUCCCUAUACCCUACGGAGCCUAAGGCACGGGCACUGGUAGACCGUUGGCUCAACUUUGACUCUGAACUGUACUCUACUAUUGAUAAACUUCAGAUCGAUAAAUCGGUGAAAGGCGUUGAAAUACCUGAAGAUGUGAUCACUAACUAUAAGAAUAGGCUGAAAGUGUUGGACAAACUAAUCGGUGUUAAGCUGUAUCUAACGGGAGAUCAGUUGACAAUCGCAGACCUGUCCCUAUUGGCGACCACGACAUACAUCGCGUGGUCCGAAGAGUUUGAUUUCAAUGAUUACCCGAACUAUAAGCGUUGGAAUACACGGCUUAAGUCAGAGCUACCCUAUUAUGAGGAUAUUAAUGGCAUUACACGAGAGGACAGGGAUGCGACUUUGGCUAAACUCAAAGCCAGAUUUCAAUCAUUUCGGAUGAUUUAA